AGAAGCCAUGGUGUAGCUUCAGGCUUUGCUGUAUCCAGGUGCUCUGACAUUGCCAUUGGGGAGGGCUGAAAUACCCUGCAUGGUUGGUGUUCAGUGUGCCCUGCUUUCCUCCCAACCCGUGGAAAGGGGUGAGAUGGCUGUGACUGCUCCCCAAAUCCCAACCCAGGUGAAGUGAGGGCUCUCCCAGCACCCCUUACGACUGGCCUUGCCUAGGUCAUGUAACCUUGCAUUGGGCCAGUCAUGGGCCAGAGCUGUGGUACACUCUGAUUGGCCAGGACUCCAUCAAGCUUCUCUGGGAAGGAAGCUUUAUAGCUCCAUCAGGUAAUAGUGUGGGUGCUCCCCAGAGGAAGGGAGACAGAUAGAACAGGUGCAUCACUCAACUAUCUUACUGGAUGAUGAGCAAUUGUGGGGAAAAAAAAGCUUACCAGCUAGGUUUUCUCAGUUCCUUAUCAAACAAAAAUAGCUUUAUCGAGAAACAGCUUUUCCUUCCCAUGAGGAUUUAUUAGGCACCUGUGUGCCAGGCCCCUCGUUCAACUUCACACCAGCCUGGAAAGGAUUAUUCUCCCAUUUUGCAUGUGGGGAAACUAGAGCCCUAAGAGGCCCAGGGCUCCAAAGUAAUGGACUCCCGACUCCGCAGAACUGAAAAUGGGCAACACAGAGCCACUGCAGGAGGGAGAUAUUAAUUGAAGCCUAACAUACUAUCAGGGCUGCGUGCGCUAAUGGAGGCCGCCUCAGCAGAUGGUUCUGUAAGACCUAAUGCCUUGGCACCAUCGGGUCCCGGGAGCGUAGCUCCACCCACUCCAGCAGGCUGUUAGUGUUUACGCGGUUUUGAGAGAUAACGGCACACACGACGACCUCCACCCUACCGGGACCUUAUCGGCUGCCCCUAGCCCUGCCUGGGCACUACUUGGUGUCGCAGGCUCUGGCCAGCAUUAGAGCUCCUGAACCUAGAUGUGGACGACAGUGCGUCGCGGGUCAGCCUGGCUGGGGACCCUGCGCUGCGCCGAGGGGCGGGGACCCUGGCCGAGGGGCGGAGCGGCGCGUGCGCACAAGGGCGCCGCGGGAAGUUGGAAAUCGGCAGGUCGGGCAGCUGGUCUGGGGGACCGCCGGGGCAUGGGCUCGGCGACAGUCCUGGCGCGGCGGCUGCAGGCGGCGCUGCGGAAGGAGGAGUUGCGGGCAGUGGAGGAGCUGCUGCGCCGUGGUGCUGACCCCAACCUGGUGCUUGAGGAUGGCGCGGCGGCCAUGCACCUGGCGGCCAGAGCCCAGCGCCCGCGGAGUCUGUGUUGCCUCGAGGCCCUGCUGCGCCGAGGCGGGGACCCCAACACUCGAUCGGCCGAGGCGCUGACGCCGCUGCACGUGGCCGCUGCCUGGGGCUGUCGCCGCGGCCUGGAGCUGCUGCUGAGCCAGGGAGCGGACCCCGCGCUGCGCGACCAGGACGGACUCCGGCCUGUGGACCUGGCCGAGCAGCAGGGGCACCAGAACUGUGUGCGUGUCCUUCGGGAGCUGGAGGCUCGGACCAGGACCCCAACACGGACCCGGGCAGACCCCCAGGAGCCAGAGCCCGAGCCCAAGCCUGACAGCCCAGGCCCUUGGGGAAAGGGGCUGAAUAUCAGCCCCUCUGGACCUCCCAGUGUGACACUGGACUCCACAACACUGGGCAGAGGUGAUGACAAGGACAUGAGCCUGGAGGCUGGCCCUGGACCCCCCAGCCUCCUUGCCCACCCUGAGAUUGCUGGCACAGAUGGCAGCUUGGAGUCCCCCCUAGGAUGCUGGGACUGCAGCUCAGUUGCCUCCUUUGUCACCGCAGUUGAGGCCUCUGGAGCUGAGGACCCAACUGCCCACAUGUCCCCCUGGGCUGGUGUCCGACCGUCCCAGAGGGUGCCAAGAUCUUCGGGUACCCCACAGCAGGAACAUCGAGCCCUCGUGGAGGACAGGGAGGCAGAACUAAAUGCCCGUCUGCAGGCCCUGACUCUGACCUUGCCAGAUGCCUCCCCCUCCCCCAAGUUCUUCCCAGAGAGGAGCCCAGCCCAUAGUGCCCCUUGGGAACCACUGCCUGGACCCUCUGACUUCCACAUCCCAAAAGAUGACCAGUUGUCCCUCGACAGUGAUGUGGCUGCCCUCUGGCUGACAGAGGAUGAGGCGAGCGCCACAGGUGGCAGGGACCCCAUCACCUCUUGCCAGUGCCCACCGGACCCCACCACGUCUGACCUGGAGCUGCUGCAAGGGCUCCGGGCACUUGGCAAGAGCCGCGGUUCCAUCACGUCCUUCACCCGGCCAUACUACCUCCAACCACUAGAAGAAGCCCAGGCUGCUCGUGGCCUAGAAUUCUCAGGGCACAGCCCAGAGCUGGCCAAAGCCCUGCGGACCGGCCGUAUCCCAGAUGCCCAGGCAGAUGAGGAUGCACUUGCCAAGCAGUUUGAGCGGCCAGAACCCACCAGACGGUGGCGGGAGGGGGUCAUGAAGUCCAGCUUCACAUAUCUGCUGCUGGACCCCAGGAAGACUCAGAACCUUCCAGCCCGAGCUUUCUCACUGACCCUGGCUGAAUGCCUUCGGAUUUUUGUCCAUGCCAUCUUCUACGUGGGCAAGGGAACACGGACCCGGCCGAAUGUCCACCUCUGGAAGGCCCUUAGCCACCGAGGGUGGCCAGGAAAACAGGCCUGCCCCAAGGUGCGCCAGAUCUUAGACAUCUGGGCCAGUGGUCGCGGUGUUGUCUCCCUGCAUUGCUUCCAGCAUGUGGUUGCUGUGGAGGCUUACACUCGAGAAGCAUGUCUUGUGGAUGCUCUAGGGAUCCAGACGCUGACCAACCAGAAGCAAGGACACUGCUAUGGAGUGGUGGCCAGCUGGCCACCCACCCGGCGCCGCCGCUUGGGGGUGCAUCUGCUGCACCGUGCCCUCCUUGUCUUCCUGGCUGAGGGUGAGCGAGAGCUAUGGCCCCAGGACAUCCAGGCCCGUGGCUGAGCACUGGGGAAUUGGCCAUCCAGCCUAGGUCGAGAUCAGGGUGUUUGAAUGUUCCAGCUGCCCCGCGCUGAGAGCAGCCCCCCAUCUCCAGCUCCAGAAGGCUGGUGGGGGAGCAGCAGGACAAUCUCUCCCUCGGGCUGAGGGAGGAUUUUAUUACAGAUGGAACUGCUGGAUAGGUAGUGAGCUCCCUGUCAUGGGUGGAGAAUAAGGGGAUGUGGGAGGAGAACAAGUAGACCAGAAGGUUCUUUGGAACACUCUGGUGCUUUGAAAUAUGCCAGUGCUUUGGCAGUUUGGUCCUGUUUGGGCAAACAGAGUCCAUUUUUAUCUCCCUGACACAGGGGACCCACAAUGUAGGCUGGGCUGGGGGCUUCCUCAGCCACAUGAAGGGAAUCUGCCCAGCUCAAGAGUUAGGUUUCGCUGCUUCCCAGCUGUGGGACCUUGGACCAGCAAGUUCUCUGUCUGAGCCUCACUGUCCUCAGUUGUACACAAUGGGGAAAGUGCGAGGUUCUACCUCAGGGGGUCACUGAGGAAAUCAGAUUAAACCGUCAUGGGGUAAAGUGUUCGGCUCAGAGCCCUACUGAGCCAGAGGCAGCCCUGCAGGCGGAAAUUCUCUGGGGGAAGGCGGCGGGUGUCGGGAUGUUCUCGAGGUACCGGGGAUGUUCUCGAGGUACCGACUUGUGUAUUGAGGGGUGGGCAGAGCUGGGGAGGUCAUCGCGGUGUGGGUGUGAGACACCAGCUCUCCUUGGCAUCACUGUGUGACUGGAGCCUCCUGGUGUUGCUUCUCUGAACCUGUUUCUUCCACUAUAAAAUGGGAUCACUAACCCCAUCACUAACCUCUUUGCUCUUUAUGCAAAAAGCUUCAGUAAGUGCCAAGCCACUAUCCUGGUGAGGUGGUGGCAGGAUCACUUAAAUUUUCCAGAACUUGCUUCUUCAAAGCAGUCCAGUGGGUUUAGGGACUUGGUGAGAUCCGCUGCCUCAUUGGGUUCGUCACCUGCCUGUCAUCGUGGCUCAGAGAACCAGGUCCUGCAGGGGGCGGGCUAAGGUUCCACCUGCCUCCUGGCCUCCACUACUGAGCCCCUGGCUACUCUGGCUGCUAUGGUAAUUAGGGUUCCUGCCUCUGGAGUGGGCCUGGGCUCUACCAUUUUAACUGAGCUGAAGAAACCUCACUCCGAGCUUCCCUUUCCUCAUGUGUAAGACAAGUAAUUCUCCCAGACACCAAAUAGGUGCUUGAUAAAGUGGUAGCAAUUAAAACAGCAUGCUGGGACUUCCCUGGUGGCGCGGUGGUUAAGAAUCCGCCUGCCAAUGCAGGGGCCACGGGGUCAAGCCCUGGCCCGGGAUGGGAAGAUCCCACACGCCGCAGAGCAACUAAGCCCGUUCGCCACAGCUACUGAGCCUGCGCUCUAGAGCCCGCGAGCCACAACUACUGAGCCUGCGCUCUAGAGUCCGUGAGCCACAACUACUGAAGCCCGCAUGCCUAAGAGCCCGUGCUCCACAACAAAAGAAGCCACCGCAAUGAGGAACCUUCACACCGCAACGAAGAGCAGCCCCCGCUUGCCGCAACUAGAUAAAGCUCGUGUGCAGCAACGAAGACCCAAUGCAGCCAAAAAUAAAUAAAUAAAUUUAUUUAAAAAAAAAAAACCAAACAGCAUGCCAUCUCCCAAGAAUACACAAACAGAAAGAAUCCAGAGACAUCCCUCCCCCCGCCAAAAAAAGAGGCCCAGAAGAGGUGGGAUUUGUCUAAAACACAGGGUAUCCCAACCUUAGCCCUACUGACUUUUGAGACCAAGUUACUCCUUGCAGUGGGGGCCGGGGGCCGUCCUGUGUACUGUAGGGUGUCGGGCAGCAUUCCUGUACUCCACCCACAAGAUUCCAGGUGCACCUCCCCCUCCAGUUGUGACAAUCAAACGUAUCUACAGAAUUUGUCAACCAACAGCAGUGCCCCUGUAAGAACCCCUUUAAAUUAAAGGUGGGUUCACAAACCAGUGGGGAAAGGACCAAAGGUGCAGCAACUGAGGGGACAAAUCUCCCACUGGACACACAAACCAUGGGUAAACCUAGAUAUACAUACAUUAGAAUAAAAUAUAGAGGACCAAGAGCACAGCCAUGGAGCAGGGAAAUCCAGAGAAAUCUGGAUUCAAAAAAAAAAGAUUCGAAAUAAAAAUCAUCAUGACAAAAGCCACUCAAAACCAAGUUAUACGAUAAAAUGGGACAGUAAGAGGUACUAACUUGCUGUGUGGUGUGGAGUGAAGGGGAUUCAAUGAACCUAUGGGUGUCAGGCACUCAGCACAGGGCUUUGCAUACAGCUGACACAAUUAUGGCUACUGGAAUCAGAUGCAACCGUCCUCGGAUCCUCACCUCAACUUCAGCAUCGACCUCAGUUGGUUCUCCUUCUCCCCUCCAGGGACGGGCAGCUCACCCCCUAUCCGCCUUCUGCUCCGGAAAUACUGCCCAAGUAGCCCCUGCAUUUUGAGGAGGGAGGGGAACUCGGGAAACAAGCCUGAACGGCCGACAUCCUCAAGUCUCUGUGGGCCAGCCCUGAAGGGGAGGCACUCGACUCAGUUCAGUCUGCACUUGAGGAAACUGAGGCUCAGGGCGGCCCCGCGCUUCGGUCACCCAACACAGGCCUGGAGGCUCAGAUUGUCACUUUUUAUUGAGUUACAAGUUGAGGUGUGCGGGUUCGGUGGUGCCAGCCCCUCCCAAACCCUCCCUCCUUGGGCCACAAUAGCUCCCAGCGCCGAGGAAUGGGGGGUGG